UUGUGCUCAGUAACUGAUUUUGUGUGCGGCCCGAACGCACGGCAAUUUAGCGGUGGUUUUAAGCGUGCAGUACAGUGUGUGCAGUGUGGUUCCUUUGACAAGCCUUCAAAAAAAAAAAAUUAAUUUAACAAAAAAAAAUCCUUCCUCUAACAGGUGAAGGUGUGUCAUUUUGUGUGCGUGUACUUACAAGUGUAUUAGUGGAGAUUUUUUUUUUCGUGGUUUGGGGCCCAUCGUUCCAUCAUUCCGAACCCAGUAUCCAGCGUGCAACAAUGAUUGGAUUUAAAUUGGUUACCAUCGUCACCUGUCUGGCGGGUGUGAUUCUUGCCCAGGACUACCAGGAGUACCGGCAGGCACCACUCCGGAUCGGUACCAAAGCCGAAGAACCGAAACCAACGCCGGUUCCCAUCCUGAAGCAGAUCAACAGACACAAUGAGGAUGGUUCGUACACGUACGGCUACGAAGGUGCGGACGGUUCGUUCAAGAUCGAAACCAAACUGGCAACCGGCGAGGUAAAGGGCAAGUACGGUUACGUCGACGAGACGGGCAAGGUGAAGGUGGUGGAGUACGGUGCGAACAAGUACGGUUUCCAGCCAUCCGGUGAAGGUAUCACGGUACCGCCACCAACGCUCAUCGACGAAACGACCGGCAAGGAUGAUCUGCUCGAGGAUGAUGACGGUAACGUACCGGUAGCGCCGCGCCUGCAGAAACAUCGACCCAUCUCGAAGCCACGCUUCCAGGAGGUGCCGAUCCAGCAGCCGCAUCAACACCACCAACACCAGCAACACCAGCAGGCACAGCGCCCUCAGCAGCAGCAACAGCAGCAUCAGUAUUAUGACUACGAUGAGCAGCCAGCACCACAGCCGAAGUACCAACCCGCACCACAGUACGUGCAGCGUUCCCACUUCGGUGCCGCACCGGCACCAUCCGCUUCCGUAGGACCGGCGCCACCCCGCGCCCAGAUCCCGAACGCUGUGCCGGUGGAUGUUGUGUACGCGCCGAAACAGCUACCCGCCCGCCCGGACGUGGAGUACCGCAAUGUUGGACCCCAAACUUUCCCCGCUGCCGCACCGGCACCCGAACCCAAGAUCCGCUACUCCCAGCCAUCGUUUGCACCGUCCGCACACCCAUCGCAGCACACCGCCAAAUCUGCCAAUGCCGUGCCACUGCAGCAGCCUGGCUUCCCGCAGCCCCGACCCCAGCCGGCCAUCUAUCAGCCGCGUCCUGCCCAGGGACGUAGCACGAGCGUGCUCGAUCAGCUGGCGAAGGAUUAUGCGCUACCGCAAGGUGGCGCUGCACCGCUGCACGACAUCACCUUCGGUUACUUCUGAGCAACGAUCUCGUGAUACCGCUCCCGUCCUGGGUGUCACUGCAAACGGCCUUGCGUUCUCAUCUUUCGCCUUCCCUGCCCCAAAAACACCUCCACCACCUCUCUCUCUCCCGCACCAUCGGCGCACCACCAACUUGCAAAUUCCUACGCACCCGUGAAGAACUGAUGUCACCGUAGCGUUAAGGUGAAAAAUAAAAUUGGUCUUACAAAACGUGAA